CCUCGCCUCGAGGCUGAACCCCAUUACUAUGUACAUGCAAAAAUUCCCACCCACACCGUCUGGAUAAGACAUCUGCACCAUCCCACACCACCACGAGGGCUUUGCAUUGCCCCCCUCGUGAGCCUCAUAAUCGCCCGCAAUAAACGCGCCUGACAGUUCCUUCAGCUGGUCUGUCAUCGUUAUCUCUGCCCUGUUCCUGCCUUCGCGUUUGCCCUCUAUCGCAUCUAUAAAACCGAUCCCGUCAGCUCAGCUCCAAGAGGAGCCCCAGCCGCCAACAUGUCCAAAAGUACACUUGCAAUCAUUGCCGCUGCCAGCGCAGGAGCUGGUGCCGCCCUCACAGCAGCCAUGUACUCUUCAAGAUCGCAAUCCGAGCGGAAGCUUGACACCGCCAAUAGGACAGUAUCUACAACCACCACAACCGUCUCAACCAAUGCUACCUCGGCGCCCGUUCCCAUUCCCUCCAAGCAAAUGUUCACGCCUCCAAAUCAGCAGUAUCCCCUUUCUACCUCAGCUCCCGCUGCUCUGGGCGGUCUCGCGCCCGUAGACCCAGCUGGACUAUUCGAGUACGGGUUUCCUGGUCCCGUAGCAGACAUCGCAACCCGACAAGCCCUGGUAUCCUCCUUCGACCGUCGGCUACGGAAUCCUCACUGGGUCAUUGAACAUAUAACGCCCGCGUCUGUAGCGAUGCGAGACGGCGACCGGAAACACAGUGUAUUUCUUGAAGAUGAAGGAGUGCCAGAAAAGUUUCGAGCCAAGUUAAAAGACUACUUCCGAUCCGGUUACGACCGGGGCCACCAGGUCCCCGCGGCUGAUGCAAAGUGGUCACAAAGCGCCAUGGACGAAACCUUCUACUUGACCAACAUGUCGCCUCAGGUCGGCGAGGGCUUCAACCGGGAUUACUGGGCGCAUUUCGAAGACUUCUGCCGUCGUCUCACCCAAAAAUACCCCAGUGUCCGUAUAGUCACCGGCCCCUUAUACCUUCCAAAGCGCGACCCCGCAGACAACAAGUGGUACGUGAAGUACGAGGUCAUCGGCAACCCACCCAACGUUGCUGUGCCCACACAUUUCUACAAGGUUAUCUUCGCCGAGGAGGGCGGCUCAAGCUCGCCCGGUACGGGUAAGGUCGCCAUUGGCGCCUUCGUUCUCCCCAAUGCGCCCAUUCCCAACGAGAAGCCGCUUGCUGAUUUCGAGGUCCCUAUUGAGGCCGUGGAACGAGCAAGCGGUCUCGAAUUCGCCUCAAAGCUACCUGUUCAGCGACGGAAGCGUCUGUGCGCCGACGCAACCUGCGCCUUGAUCAUCAAGGACUACGCAGACAGACAGAAAGCGUUCAAGUCUCCCGGUCCGAAUGCCGGUGCUCUCGUCAAGGGACAGAAAUAAUUUAAAGACGGGGUCCACGCAAUAAAGGAUUGAAAUCAUGUAUCGAAGACAAAACCAUCUUGUACAAUAAUCCAACCCCAACGAUGUGAUGCCAAGGUGGAGGGGUGCAUUAGAUCCGUGGGUGAACCGAGAUUCAUCAUGUAAGGGUGUAAUAAAUCAUGUACAUACUCCCUAGUUUAUUAGGAUUGGUAGGCCAUACUCCCCAUCUGUGAGCCUCUCGUAGGGGCUUAGAUGGAAUUAGCAUAGCAUAGCGUAGCAUACAUCAUACCAUACUAUACUCACGACAUAAGUGAUAUUGAAACGUAUUCCCACAACUAAAUCUACUCCUGAU